AACAGGAGAAAACCGCUGAGCAGGCUAUGCUGGCGGUCCGUGUUUUAGUUUGCGGAGGAAUUUAUAACAGAUGGAGGCUGCCGUGGAACAAUAAUCUGACUAUCAUGCACUUUUUUGUCGGAAAGCAGUGCUUGGCUCUCUUUUUCAUCGUGGUUUUUGCUUUCAUAUUUUUUGCGCUACAGAACAACAAGUUAAUUGAGCUCAGAGAGCAACAAGUGAGCCCCACAAACAUAUUGACAGUUACCAAUGGCUCGAAAAAGCAACAGGGCGUGUGCACCUUUAAGCCACUGUCGCCUAAGGAGACUGAAGAGGAACGCCUCAUACUGGACUCCAUUGCUUGGCCGGAAAUCCCACCUUGGCCCACUCCUAUAUCCAUAGAGACCACCUGUGAUCCAGCUCACAGCUCCUUUACCAUCUUACCAAGGAGAGGAGGAGGACAAUGGCAGAUAGGGGAUCAGCUGAGGGUCAUGAUCGAAAUGUCUGACUUCAAUGGCCGCCCCAAGACUUCGGGGGGAGACUUCUUACUCGCACGGCUGCACAACUCCAAGCUUCAAGCGGGCGUGGUUGGAAAAGUGGUGGAUCAUCUCAACGGGAGCUACUCCGCUGUAUUCUCAUUGGUCUGGGAAGGAGAUGCAGUUGUUGAG